UCGCGGUUGAUUUUAAAUGUGUGGAAAACACAGGCGUAAUCGGCUGUAGCCAACUUUUGCAUUUUUAGAUUUGAAAAAAGAAAAGUUGUGGUUAUGGCCCAGGUUGAGGCAGAACGGGAGCUGUGUAAACAGAACAUCCAGCCAUUGAGAGAGGGAUGUGCUGUGACUGAUCUGCACCGCAGCCACCAAGAGGGAUCCAGCCAUGCAGCUAUCCAGCAACAGAGACAAGCGUUUGAAUUGGAACUCCGUGUGUACACUGGAGACGAUCCACUUGAUAUCUGGGAUAGGUACCUAAAAUGGAUACUCCUGACUUACCCACAGGGUAAUAAAGAGAGCAGCCUGACGGUCAUUCUGGAGAGGGCUGUGCAGCUCUUUGCUGAUGACAAGAAAUACUACAAUGAUCCCCGUUACAUCAACCUCUGGAUCAAGUUGGCCCAGAACAGCAUGGAGCCCCUGGAAAUGUUCAGCUACAUGCAGGCCCAAGGCAUCGGACUCACUCAGGCUGCCCUUUACAUUACCUGGGCGGAGGAGUUCGAGAAGCACGGCAACUUCCAGAAGGCAGACGCCAAAUUCCAAGAGGGACUUAAGUGCAGAGCCCAGCCCAUGGAUAAACUUCAGCAAUAUCACAAGGUUUUCCAGGCCAGGGUGGCCCAUCAGGCUAUGUCUGGCAUAGCAGACAGAGCUGAGGAGGAACAGGAACCAGAACCAGCAAGAACCAAUAUGGUAGACCUGAGACCACGGGGGAGGAAAAAGGCAGUCGCACCAGUCAAUAGGACAGAGGCCUCGGCUGCAGGACACUCUCGAGGGCUGAACUUGCAGUUGCCCAGACGGUCCGCUCGCAACAUCCAGAACAAUCCGAUCCCGGUGUUUAACGAGAACCAGGCGGGUUCCCUUCAAGCCGCAGAACCGAACCUAGAACCCUGGAUGGCACCUCCCACCAGCAGGGCCAAAGAGAACGAAGUCAUGCCUGAGCAAUUGGCCGACAUCAAGAUGCCCCAGAAGUCAUGGUGUUCUGGCUCCAGUGUAAUGGUCCCUGCCAGCAGGCCCAACUUCCAGCCUUUCGUGGAUGAGGGUGACCAGACCCCUUCUGUGUCUGCGUGUAAGAUUGACCCUACGGUGAACAUGGUCCUCUCUGCCCGCCCGCCCCCCUCCAAAGACGAGUCUGCAUUGGAGCGUCUGCCGUCGCAGCAGCAGGAGGGAGGAGGGGGCGAGGUGAAGGAACAGAGCAUGUACCUCAAAGAGCUGCUGCUGAAUGGUGCUGUGGAGCUGAGCAUUGAAGAGCUGCGCGCCGAACACUACUUCACACGCAAGCGGCAAGAAAUCGAAGAGACGAUUCAACAGCAGAGCCAAGCCAAAGAGAGGCUGAGGCAGCAGAUAGAUGAGAAGCAACGACUGCUUCAGUUGCAGCAAUCCCAGCAACGACAGCAACGACCACAGCAGGAGGUCACUGGGACUGAGUCCAUCCAAAUAACAGAGUGUGGGUCUGGGUCCGUCAUACCUACCAGCCAACAGAAUGCAAUGGCUUUCCAGAUCUUUGAUGAAGGAUCACAGUCUGGCUCCACGCGUGCAUCUGGAAACUCUAUUCCUCGUCAAAAGGACGUGAUUCCAGAUGAUGUUUUCCUACCCCCUGGAGAGAGAGGUCUUUGCUUUAAGACGCCAUACCUGUUUCCAGGCGGCAGUAUCCCCCACUCUGAACGGACCCAAUUAUCUAAGAACUUCCCAGAGAGAAGCGAGUCCCUGAAUGAGGACGUGGUCAGCGGCCACAAGAACAAGACGCUGUGCGCCAGCCCCGAGGACACGCAGGACUUUGUGAAGGCCGCCAAGAUGGCUUCCUCUCCUUAUCACGCCACGGGACAGAGGGCGGUCUCACCCAACGCUGGCACUCUGACCAAAGAGCCCGGCAUGACCCCUCAACCUGACGCCGACUCGGAAGGAAGGAAGAUGCUCAGCCCCAUCCAGGAAGCCAGCCUGGAGGCUUGGGGAUCCAUGGCUUCAGGCCCCACCUCCACCUCCUCUGUGGGCACAAACUCUGGAGGCAAGGCCGUCCACCACCUCGGCAGGCUGGAGGAGAGCCACGCAGCACCCCACCCCGAAGCCAUGGAACAGAAUUCACCAUCCAGUAUUGUAGUCCAACCUGUGAUUGAGGACCCUUGCAGUGUGGGGGUGAGACAGCGUUUGCUGGAUCAAGUGGACCUGAGCUCCUUUCCAAACUUCUACUCAGAGGAUGGUCCCCUUCCCAUGGUUGAGGAAGAUGAUGUGCUGAUCCUAGGGAAUGAGACCUUUGCUAUCUACUCCAAGAUGGACUGUGAGAAGUUUUCCAUCUAUGCAGGCCGAGGUGGGGGUGACGUUGCCAUUAAGCUGGAGCACAACACAGUGCCGUGGGACUUCUACAUCGGCUCACAGCUGAGGGAGCGACUAGCCCGGGACUCCCAGGCACCCGUCCACGACGCGGGGCGCUGCUUCCUGUUCCAGGACGGCUGCGUCACAGUCCACAAGGCCCCCCAGCAGAGCACACUGCGUGCGGUGGCUGAGGAGACCUUUGAGGAAGUCGUGGCCUCCCUGGCCAUGCAGACAGUGGAGCUGGUGAGACUCAUGCACUCCUGCCACCUGAUCCACGGAGCCCUCAGUCCAGACACACUGGUCAUGAAUCGUCCUCAUGAUGAACCAACGGAUGAGAUUGGUGCCGCCGUGGCGCUGGACUUCUCCUGCUCCGUGGACCUGGAGCUUCAGCCGGAGGUGACUGCAGCACACAGCCUCCCAGCUGCCCAGGACUUCAUCACACAAGGCCUUCUAGCCCCCUCUGCCAGCCCCUAUCAGGUGGAUCUCCUGGGUAUUGCAGAGACUGUGCACACUCUGCUGAAGAAGAGAACCAUGCGCCUGGUUAAGGAAGACUCAGCGUGGACACUGGAGGAAUAUCAGGAAGCACACCCCAGUGACCGGAGCGAUGCGUUUUGGAGCAAGUUCUUCCGGACCAUUCUGAAUCCCGGAGACAGGCCUUCUGUGUCAGUCCUCACAGAGCUACUUGAAGACAUGAAGAAGUCUAAAUUUGCUUGCUAUGGCGCCUAGUUUUUUUCCUAGCACUGCCUUCCUAGUACACUGUCAGUGUGGCUAUUUAGAUUUUCUUUGUCUCAUAUUUGUCUCUUUAUCUGUUAUGAUUUCAAUUUAAUUGUUUUAUUUCUGUUAAAUGCAGUUGAUUGUUCAGAAUAAAGUAUAGCUUUUAUUCAU